AUGACUCUCAGAGAGCGCACGGCCCAGGUGGCAGAGAAGUGCCAGAUCAAGCACGACUACUAUGACAACAACGCUGAGGGCGCGCAAAAGAGUAAAUAUCUUUGGAGUCCUGACCUAGCUCCGGUUGAGCCUGCACGACGGACAUGGGGUUGGUACAACUUCAUGAAUCUCUGGAUCUCGGCCUCGUUCAAUGUCAAUACGUGGCAGCUUGCCGGGAGCUACGUCGCCGCCGGUCUCGCCUGGUGGCAAGGUUGGCUUUGUAUCUGGGCAGGAUAUAUUCUGACGGGUGUCUUCGUCUCACUCGGAGGCCGAAUGGGGGCAAUGUACCACAUUUCGUUUCCCGUGGCGAUUCGCUCUUCUUUCGGCAUCUAUGGGUCGAUUUGGCCAGUGCUCAAUCGUAUUGUCCUGGCCAUUAUCUGGUACUCCGUCCAGGGCUGGAUUGGAGGACAAUGUCUUUAUCUCAUGCUGUGUGCGGUUUGGCCAGGGACCGCUCGAAUCCCAAAUCAUCUCCCAGCGUCCGCUCAGACAGAUACAAAGCAUAUGAUGUGCUUUUUCCUGUUCUGGCUCUGUCAACUGAUCGGCAUAUACUUCCCUUUGCACAAAGUCAGACAUCUAUACACUAUCAAGGCGGUGACAGCUCCCAUUGGAGGCAUCGCAUUCGCUGCAUGGGUGGCUGUGAGAGCAGGCCACGGUGCCGGUCCCGUCAUGUCUCAAAGCAGCUCCCUCAAAGGUAGUGCCUUGACAUGGACCGUGAUCCAAGCCAUCAUCUCCUCCUUGGACAAUUUCAGCACAUUCAUUCUGAAUGACUCCGAUUUUUCGCGGUUUUCAAAGAAACCUUCCAAUGCCCUCUGGUCUCAACUCAUUACAGUUCCAGUCUCAUUCUCAGUCACUUCCCUGGUUGGUUUGAUCGUCUCCAGCUGCAGCGCUACAUUAUACGGCUCCCCGCUUUGGAAUCCUUUGGACGUCUUGGAGCGAUUUGUUACCGACAGUCCAUCCAGCAGCGACAGGGCCGGGGUUUUCUUCCUCGCUCUGAUCUUUGUCUAUGCUCAGGCCAUGACAAAUCUGACAGGUGCAAACUCUGCGGGAAGUGACUUUACCGCUCUGUUCCCUCGAUACCUCAAUAUUCGACGUGGUGGGUAUGUUGCCGCAGUGUUGUCUUUUGCCUGCGUGCCGUGGAAACUCUUAUCCAGCAGCAACAACUUCUUAGCAUACGUCGGUGCCUACAGUGUCUUCCUUUCUGCGUUCGUCGGACCUUAUUUCUGUGAUUACUUUAUCGUCCGCCGAGGUCAUCUUGCAGUUGACCAGUUGUACUCCAACAAGUCGUCCGAUCUCUACUGGGGCUUGGGCGGGUUUGGCAUCAACGCUUACGUGGGAUACCUAUGCGGAUUGAUAUUCAACAUCGUUGGUGUUGCCGGAGCGAUGGGAGCAUCGAUACCGAUUGGUGCCUGGUACUUGUAUCAGUUCAACUUCCUCAUGGGUGUUUUCGUAAGUGGAGGAGUAUACUACCUGAUGUGCAGAUUCGGACCUUUCAAGGUCGAAUGUAACAAGGGCUGGAAUGAAACGGGAGACGCUGCCCUCAUUCCAUCGAUUAUGAUCAAUGGUGUUGAUCCAUAUGCACAGGCCAGGGGAGAUUCAGAAGCCAGCGUCGUUGUUGAAACAAAGGACAGCGAGGUACAGUCAGUUGUGGAGACGUUCAAGCAUUAA